UUUAUAAUAUUGUUGACCAUUGUUGCUUAGCAACUGCAAUGUCGGAGAUCCGAGAUAACGAUUUAAAAAACGAUAAAAAUGUUAAAAACUAGGAACGUUCGGUGUCCGGCACCCAAAACUUUUGAUGUUUAGACGUCUUGACAAUCGUGAAGCGCAAGUUCUAUAAUUCCAAGUGGGCUUUGCGGACUUACUACAGUACUAGACACCGUCUAAUAAUGGCGAUGGAACGACAAACUGACGCUGUGGACGCAAAGUUACACGAAGUUGUUAAACAAUCUCUAAAAGAUGGCCCUAAUUGGGACAGCUUUGUAUCAACCGUAGAAACUGAAAUAAGAAAAAUCUUGGAGAACAAACGUGUGAUUAAUACAACAAAAAAUAAACCUGAACAAUCUGAAACAAUUGAGUUGAUUAAUAAGCUCAUAUUUGAAUACAUGGAUUGGAUGGGAUAUAAAUUGACAAACUCAAUGUUUAAGAAAGAAUUGGGGACCGAAUUAAAGGCAAAUAGUUAUCGUAAGGAGAUGACUUCAUUAUUAGAUCUUGAAGACACUGAUGAAACCUUAAAAUUGCCUCUUUUAACAGUGCUGAUAACAAUGUUUAAAAAUAAAGAUGGAGACAACCAUGAAUCUUAAGACAAUUGAGGCAAGACAUAUUUAUUGUUAUAUUAUGUUAUACAAAUCUGCACAUCUGUAAAUUAUAUCUUAGGUUGUACAAUACAAUCGAAUGUAAUGAAUGAUAUUUAUAACAACCAUUAGUUUUAAGUUUGUAACAAAUAAAAGCUAUUAUUUAAAAAUUAAAAA